CAGUUCAAGCUCAUCCCAUUUUAUGGAAUAGAAAAUAACAAAAAGUAGCACGAAUUUUAGUUUAAACCUAACGAACCGUGUUGACAUGAAGUAUACAAACAAACAUUAUUUAGCUUAACAACGAUCUUCACGAAGUUGGAAACGGCUUGAGUUACAUAUCCAUAAGUCUACAUAAAUAGCUUUAAAAACUUCCACUUCCACAGAUUCUUUUAUAUUUUAAAUUCUUUGAGUAAUUUUACUCUCCAGAAUCCAUAAUCUAAGCACCCAACAUAACAUAAAAAAAACUGUUGUUUUACGAAAGGUAUAGAAGAUCAUUACAUUUAUAGGCAUAACGUAAAUCUUAUUUAUUUCUGCAGAUUUAAAUACGCAAUUUUUUAGAAGCUACCUAUAAGAUAUUACCAUUAUUACCUAUAAUUAUAAUUAAUUAUUAAUUAAUAAUUAUUAAUAAUUAUGAUUAUAUUACUUACUCAUGAACUCGUUAAUAUUUGAUAAUAAUCGUAGACUAUAAAAAAAUUUAUAUGAUAAUUAAGCUUUGUUUAUAUUUAAAUGAAUAUUUUGAAUUCCCGACUUAAAGCAUUUAUGCCGGGAACGAACAUGGUAUUUGCAGUGAAAUGGUACAUUGCCUUCUUUUUUGCUGCUUCAAUUUUUGUAAUGUCGUGUAGUGGCCAUGGCAGACUGGUCGAACCACCCAGUAGAGCAUCAGCUUGGCGUUUUGGAUUUCAAACACCACCAGACUAUAAUGACCAUGAACUAUACUGCGGAGGGCUUAGCCGGCAAUGGCAAAGAAACGGCGGUAAAUGUGGAGAAUGUGGAGACGCGUGGGAUGUUCCAGAACCACGACCCCACGAAUAUGGUGGCCACUGGGGAAAAGGCUUAAUUGUGCGAAGCUAUUUGCCUGGAUCUCAAAUGACGAUUCGUGUAGAAUUGACAGCUAGUCAUAUGGGAUAUUUUGAGUUUCGAAUAUGCCCAAAUCCAAAUGCUAAGCAGUCAUGCUUGGAUAAAAAUGUAUUGUCAAUUCUUAAUGGAUCUCCUUCUCAGCCAAAUAAAUCAGAUCUAGAUAACCGAUUUUAUCCUCGGAACGGAAGUUGCAUAUAUGAAAUUUUGGCACAGUUACCAGCAUUUAUGCCGGGAACGAACAUGGUAUUUGCAGUGAAAUGGUACAUUGCCUUCUUUUUUGCUGCUUCAAUUUUUGUAAUGUCGUGUAGUGGCCAUGGCAGACUGGUCGAACCACCCAGUAGAGCAUCAGCUUGGCGUUUUGGAUUUCAAACACCACCAGACUAUAAUGACCAUGAACUAUACUGCGGAGGGCUUAGCCGGCAAUGGCAAAGAAACGGCGGUAAAUGUGGAGAAUGUGGAGACGCGUGGGAUGUUCCAGAACCACGACCCCACGAAUAUGGUGGCCACUGGGGAAAAGGCUUAAUUGUGCGAAGCUAUUUGCCUGGAUCUCAAAUGACGAUUCGUGUAGAAUUGACAGCUAGUCAUAUGGGAUAUUUUGAGUUUCGAAUAUGCCCAAAUCCAAAUGCUAAGCAGUCAUGCUUGGAUAAAAAUGUAUUGUCAAUUCUUAAUGGAUCUCCUUCUCAGCCAAAUAAAUCAGAUCUAGAUAACCGAUUUUAUCCUCGGAACGGAAGUUGCAUAUAUGAAAUUUUGGCACAGUUACCAGCAUUUAUGCCGGGAACGAACAUGGUAUUUGCAGUGAAAUGGUACAUUGCCUUCUUUUUUGCUGCUUCAAUUUUUGUAAUGUCGUGUAGUGGCCAUGGCAGACUGGUCGAACCACCCAGUAGAGCAUCAGCUUGGCGUUUUGGAUUUCAAACACCACCAGACUAUAAUGACCAUGAACUAUACUGCGGAGGGCUUAGCCGGCAAUGGCAAAGAAACGGCGGUAAAUGUGGAGAAUGUGGAGACGCGUGGGAUGUUCCAGAACCACGACCCCACGAAUAUGGUGGCCACUGGGGAAAAGGCUUAAUUGUGCGAAGCUAUUUGCCUGGAUCUCAAAUGACGAUUCGUGUAGAAUUGACAGCUAGUCAUAUGGGAUAUUUUGAGUUUCGAAUAUGCCCAAAUCCAAAUGCUAAGCAGUCAUGCUUGGAUAAAAAUGUAUUGUCAAUUCUUAAUGGAUCUCCUUCUCAGCCAAAUAAAUCAGAUCUAGAUAACCGAUUUUAUCCUCGGAACGGAAGUUGCAUAUAUGAAAUUUUGGCACAGUUACCAGAUUUUACAUGUGAACACUGUGUUCUGCAAUGGCGUUAUGUUGCAGGCAAUAAUUGGGGUAUGUGUAGCAAUGGUAUAGGAGCUAUUGGAUGUGGUCCACAAGAAGAAUUUCGUUCGUGCUCUGAUAUUGCCUUAACUACAGAAUAUUUGCACCCAUAUCUAGGUCCUAUUAGCGCACCACCUACACAAUCUAAUGGAAUGCCUGCGAACACGACACAUAAUUCUGUUAAUACACAAAGUGACAAAUUAAAGUAUAUUUUCAUCAUUUUACUGCUGUUAAUACUAAUAUUAGUUUGCCUUGUUGUUAUACGUUUGAAGUUCCACAAUCACAACAGCUUUUGUAUUCAACAAUUUGUUAAUAAUCUUAAAAAAUAUUUAUUUUGGAAUUCAUUUCAACACAAUAAUUUUAUAUGUGAUGUAUUUACCCCUGGCAAUGAUAAAUUAGGUAGCCGACCCAGUCCACUUCCACGAAAUAAGAGAUUAAAUAAUGAAGUAAAAAAUUUAGUAAUAGAAACAAGCACAGUAUAAAUACCUGUAAGUUGUAAUUAUUUUUGCACGUUUUUAAACACAUUAAUAAAAUAGUUUACAAUUAGUUUAUGUUAAGAAUGGUUAUAUAUAUCAUGUGAUUAAGUAAAUAUUUAUUACAAAUUGUUAUUUUAUGUUAAGCUGUGCACUAUAAAAAACCAAAUUCAACGUG